UCCUCCCCUUUCCGUGCGUGUCUUUCUUUGCAUCUCCACUGCUCUCCCUCCUCGUCCUCUGGAUCGAUUGCUGGCCAGGGAGACCUCCAAAGGGCCGGAUACUUUGUGGGAUCGUCCUUGUUUCUCCUGCAUUUUCCCAGUCAAGGGUAUCUCUUUGCAGGCUUGGAGAGAUGCUGUUACUCCUGGUGAUGUGAUUGCAUAGCAACACAGCAGCACGGGGCGGUGGAGGAGGAGAGGCAGGGAGUGCAGACAGCAGCGCUCAGCAUGCAUCCCUGUCACAGGGACUCCUUUGCUGAUUCACAGAGGCAGCCCCACUCCUUGCUCCCGAAGCCUGGUGGCCGUUGCCCCCACGUCUCAGACCUAGUGGACUCGGAAGGUGCUCGUGCCCAGAAUUGUCUCCACCCCCAUGAACAUCAGUUCUGAUGCAGCCCCUGGUGAUGCAGGAAUGGCCCUAUGUCCCCCCACGAUGUCCUGAGUGGCACGUCACAGACCGGGCGCAGCACAGCAGCUCUGCUCACCCGCUGUCUCAGGUUGAAGCCUCGCAGGAUGGUGCAGGACCUUCGUGCAUAACCCCCCGGGCUCUGAGCAGUGCCAUCAGGCCCCAGUCCCCUCUGGAGAUGAAUCUUUGCUGGAACGAGAUUAAAAAGAAAUCCCACAGCCUUCGGGCUCGGCUGGAGGCCUUUUCUGACCACAGUGGGAAGCUGCAGGUGCCUCUCCAGGAGAUCAUAGACUGGCUUGGGCAGAAGGAUGAGGAGCUCUCAGCACAGCUGCCCUUGCGGGGCGAUGUCCUCCUGGUGCAGCAGGAAAAGGAGACGCAUGCGGCUUUCAUGGAAGAAGUGAAGUCUCGGGGACCAUACAUUUACUCUGUUCUGGAGUCAGCACAGGCUUUCCUUUCCCAGCAUCCAUUUGAGGAAUUAGAAGAACCAGCUUCAGAAAGCAAAGAUGUCUCUCCCCGUCACCGGAUCCAAAACAUCAGCCGCUUUGUCUGGAAACAGGCAAAUGUGGCCAGUGAGCUGUGGGAGAAGCUCACUGCCCGGUGCGUGGACCAGCACCGUCACAUUGAACGGACACUGGAGCAGCUGCUAGAGAUUAAAGGGGCCAUGGAGGAGCUCAGUACAACGUUGGACCAGGCUGAAAGUGUGCGUGAAACCUGGGAACCCAUUGGGGACCUCUUCAUUGACUCCUUGCCAGAGCACAUCCAGUCAACCAAGCUAUUCAAAGAGGAGCUCUCCCCCAUGAAGGAUGGGGUGAAAGUGGUCAAUGACCUUGCGCACCAACUUGCUAUCUCAGAUGUCCACCUAUCCAUGGAGAACUCCCGUACCCUGGAGCAGAUAAACACACGCUGGAAGCAGCUGCAGGCCUCCAUAAAUGAACGCCUGAAGCAGCUCCAAGAUGCUCAUCGGGACUUUGGACCAGGCUCCCAGCACUUCCUCUCCUCCUCUGUCCAGGUCCCCUGGGAGAGAGCCAUUUCCCCCAACAAAGUGCCGUACUACAUCAACCACCAGGCCCAGACAACAUGCUGGGACCACCCGAAGAUGAUGGAGUUGUACCAGACGCUGGCGGAUUUGAACAACAUCAAGUUCUCAGCAUAUCGGACAGCUAUGAAACUACGACGGGUGCAAAAAGCCCUGCGAUUGGACAUGGUGACCCUGGCUACAGCCUUGGAAAUCUUCAAUGAGCAUGACCUGCAGCCCAGCGAUCGGGCAAUGGAUGUGGUGGAGGUCAUCCACUGCUUGACUGCCCUCUACGAGAGGCUGGAGGAGGAGCGAGGCAUCCUGGUGAAUGUGCCACUCUGUGUGGACAUGAGCCUCAACUGGCUGCUAAAUGUCUUUGACAGUGGCCGCAGCGGGAAGAUGAGGGCUCUCUCCUUCAAGACGGGCAUUGCAUGUCUGUGCGGGACAGAGGUCAAGGAGAAGUUUCAGUAUCUCUUCAGCCAAGUAGCAAAUGCCGGGGGGCUGUGUGACCAGCGCCAGCUUGGUGUCCUGCUCCAUGAGGCCAUCCAGGUCCCGCGCCAGCUGGGAGAAGUGGCAGCGUUUGGGGGCAGCAAUGUGGAGCCCAGCAUCCGCAGCUGCUUCCGCUUUAGCAAUGGGAAACCUGCCAUCGAGGCAUCGCAGUUCCUGGAGUGGGCCAACCUGGAGCCGCAGUCCAUGGUGUGGCUGGCUGUGUUGCACCGGGUCACCAUGGCUGAACAGGUGAAGCAUCAGACCAAGUGCUCCGUGUGCCGGCAGUGCCCCAUCAAGGGCUUCAGGUAUCGGAGCCUGAAGCAGUUCAAUGUGGAUAUCUGCCAGACUUGCUUCCUCACCGGGCGAGCCAGCAAGGGCAACAAGCUGCACUACCCCAUCAUGGAAUACUACACCCCGACCACGUCUAGUGAGAACAUGAGAGACUUUGCCACGACACUGAAGAAUAAGUUUCGGUCCAAGCAGUACUUCAGCAAACACCCGCAGAGAGGUUAUCUGCCCGUCCAGUCUGUACUCGAGUCUGACUUCUCUGAGGCACCAGCCUCUUCCCCGAUGUUACCGCACGCUGACACCCACUCCCGGAUCGAGCACUUUGCCAGCAGGCUUGCAGAGAUGGAAAGCCAGAACUGUUCCUUCUUCAGUGACAGUCUGUCCCCUGAUGAUAGCCUGUGUUUCUCCACCUGCUGCAACAGGGAUGAGGACCAGUACCUGCUGCGCCAUUCCAGCCCCAUCACUGACAGAGAGCCUGGGGGCAGCCAGCAGGUUCCAGGAAGCCUCAACAUGGAUGACAAGGGAGAGCUGGAGCGAAUCCUGGCUCACUUAGAGGAUGAAAACAGGAUCCUCCAGGGAGAGCUGAGACGUUUGAAAUGGCAACAUGAUGAGGCGGUGGAGUCUCCAACCUUGGCUACAGGCACCCCAGAAUCAGUGCAAGACCCACGUAACGAUGAGCUCCUGGCAGAAGCAAGAAUCCUCCGACAGCACAAGAGCCGCCUGGAGACCCGCAUGCAGAUCCUGGAGGAUCACAACAAGCAGCUGGAGUCCCAGCUGCACCGGCUGAGGGAACUGCUGCUGCAGCCUCCGGCAGAGUCAGAUGGCAAUGGUUCAGCAGCCUCUUCCUUGGCUUCAUCUCCACAUCAGUCUGAAAGCAGCCAGGCAAAGGAGAAAGAGCACAACACCCCUGACACCGAAGCUGCGGAUGAGGUGGAAGCCAAAACCCAGGAAGUCAGUGUAUGCCUGGAAGAUAUUAUGGAGAAGCUGCGGAGCGCUUUCCCUAACUCUCAAGACCCCUAUCCAGGAGAGGAUGAGGCACCAGUUACAAUGGGGAGAUGGAAGCAGUGGUGCAAGGUCUCCUAGAUGCUCAUAAACGGCUCUUCCCAGCAGAGUUGGGGACUGAGGGAUGCAUGUGUGGAUGGCGCCUCACUUGUCCAGUGGGAUUUGGUGUAGGUCUUUCUGCUUUCCCUCUGUGCUCCGUCCCAGAAGCAGCACUUGGUCCCUCACCCAUGCUGCCCAUGCAUGUGCUGAAGCAGAUAUUGCUUAGUGCCAGCACUAACACAAGAUGAGAGAGAGCUUCCCUCACUGCCUGCGCAGAUCCUUGUGCGCUUUCUGCAAUCCCUGAGCUCUGCAGCAUCCCUGUUCUAACCACAUGGCUCCAGGUCCUACUUUCCUUACCUUUUCUCUUUCAGGUAUGACCUCCCUAAUCUAACACCUCCUGUGAGCCAGAGCCUUUUCCUAACCAGCUACCUGGCUGCUUUCUUCCUGCUCCUCUCCCUGCUGUGCUCCCUGUGCUGUGGCAGACCUUGCACAGACUCUUUCUGAGCCAGUUGUGCAGGAUGCUUGCCAGCUCCAGAAGAUCUCAGGGGAACACAGGUCAUGCAGGAGUGGGAUCGUGGGCUCCCCAGGAGGCUGGCUCUGCCGCACAGCCAUGAUGUCCAAGCCUGGGUGGUUCAGAAGAAAGAACUGAAACUGUGAAAACUGCCUGUCUCCUCUGGGUGCUCACAGGCUGCUGCCUUUGAGCGCAGCCUUUGGGGUGCAGAGCUCAGCAUCUUCCUCCUCUUCAGUUGUGCCCAUGGGCCUCCGGGUUGGUGGGCACCAAAACGCUCCAGAGGCCACCCAGUUUUUAAAAGAACUCUUUCUAACAGCAUCCAGCUGCCAGCCUUAUAAAUUGAUCUCUCUGCCACCCAGGGCUCCGCGGCCAGCCAGGAACAUACUGUCUGGUGGGGAGAGUCUAUGAGGUUUAUGGGAUAGGGAUGAGUCCGUGUUAGAGCUUCAGCCCAGCUAGUAGCCUUAUCUUGAGAGGGUCUUUAUAACAGAGCCUUAUCAUUUAAUUUGCAUAUAUUUCUAUAUAUAUUAUAUAUAUAUUCUGUACUUAAAUACUCUCAUGGACUCACUCCAUUAAAUUCUAAUACUGUAAGUGCAGCUGACCUUCACUUUCAGUCCAGCCCAUCACCUGCUCCCGCAGGGACCAGCACCUUCCCCAUUGCUGGUGCUGCCUUGGGGUAGGGCUGCUGCGAGGGGAGCUCAGCGGAGGGACAGACUGACAGCACGUACUUUGUCCCCUCUGAUUUCCUGAGGGGUUGUGCCAUGGCACAGAGAACCUGCCCUGCCUGGACCUGGCUCCAUCCACGGGGAGCCUCAGCUCCUGCAGCUGCCUGUCCCCAAGGCACUGUGGAAAGGGGUUUCUCCAGCCCUGCGGUCACCAGGACAUUGGGCUGUGAUGCAGGAGAAUAGCAGUGUGGGCAGGCAGCUGGGCAGGCAGGGCACCUCCUUGCCCCCACGCAGGGAGCAGCUGCCCUGCUGUUGUCCCCUAGUUUGAGCUGGGCUGAGAGGCCAGAGGCACUCGGGCAACUGGGUGGUAGAGGAGGCUGUUCUGCAAGCUGGUGGGGUAGUUCAGUGGUGGUGGCUCCUGGUCCCAAAGGCUCCCUCAAGCUGUCUGUCUCAUGCUGUGUUAUGUCGAGAAAGAGGUAGAGUCAGGUGCUGUGGGGUGCCCCAGAGCAGAGGCUGAGAUGGCUUUGGUGCUUUGGGGCUGCAGGCUGUGUAAGGUUGAGAUGCCUGAGGGCACAGGCAGGGCUGCAUACCAGUGUGAAGCAUCCUGCCUAAAACAGGACUUUCUGCAAGGACAGGGCUGUUGUUGCUGGCUGGGAUGGGAUAUGGUGGUGAGCUGUUAGGGGAGGUUCAGACCAGGGGCUGGGGGGGGCACAGGGCUGUGUGGGCAAGCUGGCUUUGGCAAGCUGGCAAAGGUGCAAAGCAGCACCCAUGCUGCAGAUUAGGUGGUGUGAGCCUUCUAGGCAGGUGUUCAGGGUCCUGUGCUGCUGUGUCCGCGAGCAGUGGUACAGGUUGCUGUCCUUGCCAUCUCCUUGCACACCCAGGCGAGUGGCAGGAGUGCAGCAGCAGUGGCACUGGUGUUAGACUUGCCGUAAGCAUGCUUCGUGUGUCUGACCAUGGCGAGGGAGCACAUGCCAUCCUGCCAGACCUGGCUGGACCCCCCUUUUAACCCAGUGGCAGGAUGGAGGGAGCGUCAGAAGGAGUGAGGUUUUGGCCUGAGGAUAAAGUCAGAAGUACGGAACCUGGAGAGAACUGGAGGAAGGACAAGACAGAAUGAGGGCAGAGCUGCUGGCCCCAGUGCCAGGCGCGGGGAGCAGCGGUGGCCAGGCUGGGUGCUCAGGCUGUCGGUUACAGGGUGAGUGGGGGCUGUAGUUGGGAGCUGGAAUGUGGCAGGGAGGGGAGCAAGCUGGUUAACGCUCUGGUAACCAUGUACUGGGGUGCUGCUGUCCUUGCUGCUUCACACCAUCUCUGCUCUGGAAAGAAAAUAAAUUUGUAUUUAUACUGAGAA